AUGAAUCAAGAUUCAGGGGUAUCAACACAGUUAGAUCCUUUGAGUCAUCAUGAAUCAAAUUCUCCUAAAAUGAACUAUUCACCCAAGCAUUCAAGAAAAUCAUCAUCCUUAAGUUCAAAUAGAAAUAUCAAUAUGAAAAAUCUAUCAUUAAAUUUAGAGUCAACAUCAACAUCACCAAAUUUUAGUCAAAGUCAAAAUUUUACGAAUUUAAGACAAAAAUCUUUAACAAUAUCGAUACCCAAUGAAACCAGUCCUAAGGUUAAUAAUAAUUCUAAUGGAUCAUUAACACAAAAUGGUUCACAACAAAGCAUUUCACCCAUUAAAUUCCUGCCACCCAAAACUUCCAAAAACUAUAAAUUUCCUCCACUUAAAGAUCAAGAAUCACCUGUCAAUAACUCAUUUUUGAAUAAUUUUAAGAAUUUAAAUUUACCUGAAGAAUUACAAGAAUUAAGUCAAUUAGAUGCCUAUUCAAAAGGUCCAGCCAAUGUUUUGAAUGAUUGUAUAUUUCUUUAUUCUGAACCAACUAUUGAACAAAUUAAUGAUUUCGAUUUAGUAAUCAAUGUAGCCAAAGAAUGCCCCAAUUUAUCUGAUCAAUUUGAUAAUUCAAAUAAUAAACAAUAUUUAUAUAUACCGUGGAAUCAUACAAGUUCAAUAUCCAAAGAAUUACCUCGUUUAACUGAUUUAAUAGCUCAAUACGAUGAUUCAGAUUUAAAAGAUGGUAAGAAAAGAAAAAUCCUUGUUCAUUGUCAUUGUGGAGUUUCAAGGAGUGCUUGUGUUGUUGUAGCAUAUUUUAUGAAAAAAUUUAACAUCAAUACUAAUGAAGCUUAUGAUUUAUUAAAAAAUGGUAGUAUUUCUUCCACCAAUGACAAAUUCAAACAAUAUUUCAUUGAAAGUUGUAAUAGGAUUUGUCCAAAUAUGAGUCUAAUAUUCGAAUUAAUUGAUUUUAACGAAUAUCUUCAAAAUGGUACUAUUGAACCAUAG